AUGAGAAAUUCAAAACAACUUCGCCGACAGAAUAUUAUCCCGUCAAAUGUCCGAUUUCAAGUCUGUCUGCCUCCCCCGUACAACGUCCAGGUUGUCCAUUGCAAGCACAAAGUAGUCAAUGCCAUUGAGCCACUCUAUGAACAGCGUUUUGAGGAAACGAUUGAUCGAAUCGUCGCCGGUAUACCUCAUGACGAUAUGGGAGGCCCAUUACAGGGUCUUCUAGACCGCGUGGCACGACUAUGCCGGAGAAUUCCUCAAGACGUCAAUAUUGCCUUUCAUCUCUGCUACGGCGAUCUUUACCACAAGCACUUUGUCGAGCCUCAAGACACGGCGCUCCCGGUCAAACUCACCAAUGCCAUCUUGGCCCGUGACAACAUCGCCUUGCGCACGGAAUGGAUCCACUUGCCCGUCCCGAAGGGACGAACUGACCCCGAGUACUUUUCGCCUUUGGCCGGUCUUGAGCUCCAUGAUCACAUUGGUCAAGGUCAGAAACCGCCGCGCCUUUACCUCGGGCUGGUGCAUGCCAACGACGAGGUCGGGACAAGGAAGCGUAUCGAGAUGGCAGAGGCCACUGUUCCAUUUCCCUUUGGCGUGGCAACAGAGUGCGGUUUGGGCCGAACUCCUGGAGAGAUCGACAACAUUCUACAAAUUUGCAAAGACGUUUCUAUAGAGAUUGAAUAA